AUGCGUUUCCACAUUCAAAUAUUUCGCAUCUUCUAUCGCGCCGGCCAAUCGCUGGGCUGUUUCUGUAUGCGUCACAGCGGCAUAUUUCAUCUCCGCGUCGGCCGAUACGGUUGUCUCGUCCGUCUGUACAAAUCUCGCGCGCGUUUAACCACAACUUUGGCCUGUCUUCGAUUUGAUCUCAUCUGCACCGCGACACUUUCGUCAGAUAACAGAAUGUUCUCUUACAUUUCAGCUUUGUACCGCUACGUGACUAUGGAUCAUUCGCAAAGGCCCACCUGGACCCCAAGCGGUCCUUCAUUCUACGAGAGAAAACCAACGUUUGCUAUACCCCGGGUCGCUAUGCCGACCGCGUUGCAAGCCCCCGUGCACAUCGACGUGGGUGGAGUAAUUUACACUUCAUCUCUGGAGACACUCACUGUAUACCCGGAUUCCAAACUGGGAAAGAUGUUCACUGGAGACAUCCCUAUUGUGCUGGACACCCUCAAGCAGCACUAUUUCAUUGACAGGGACGGAGAGAUGUUCCGUCACAUUCUGAAUUUCUUACGCAACCAAAAAUUACUCGUACCCUACGAUUUCGCAUACCUUGACCUUCUUCUGAUUGAAGCUAGGUACUUCGAAUUGCAUGAUAUGGUUUACGCCAUAUUGAUGCUGAAGGCUUACCGUGAGGAGGUGAGUCUCGCCAACCAAUGGGACGUGCACGAGGUGACUUAUAUUGACCAGGAGGUUAUUUGGGAACAGACU